AUGCAGGCAAUGGGUGCGCAGCUGGCUGGGCCGAGUGAUCCGUUGGCUGAUGUGGCAGGGCUGUCACGGACUGAUAGAGACAGAAUGCACAAUGCCAUUUCAGAUGCACAGCUGUCAUGUUCCGUUGUGCCUGACAUUGUAAUGCCUUGGAACCUUCCUGGCCUAUCCAUGGUGCUGGGCGAUGAGAGCGAAACAAUCGUUCCGUCAGUGCCAACUGUUCCUGGGUAUGUCGAGCCUGCACUGGACCACCUCACACAAGAUAGACCCUCACUACCUGUGAGGACCAAGGCAACUGCGUUUGAACAUGCCAUUGCUUUUGAUUCACGGCGGGUUGUUCACUUAGAUGAUGAUGAGCAGUUUAGGUUGUUGGUCCAGAAGUGGGAGGCAAUGCUAUCCAUCAAUUAUCAUGCCUUUGACCUUGGAGUCGAGAUUUCUGGUCUGUCCCAGGAAGAACGGUUGAGGGCAGUAAGUGAGGUGCUGGGUGGCAAGGCUGUCGCCACCGUCCGACAGAGGUUGGCCCAACUUGGAAAAUACGUGAAGUGGGCAACGAGCGAUGCUAAGUUGGCUGGGCAGAAUCGCCCGAUGCGGAAACAAUCCAGCGUCCUCACUGUCUCGGCACUCCAAUUUUUGGAGGCUGAGUUGGACAACGAGAAUCUGGCUCUGGUGGACAGGUACGCCAUAGGUGUCGUCCUUUUUGCAACGUACUCAAGGGCCCGAUUCGGUGACCUCAGGAAGAUCUCCUCAGUGAUUUUGGAUGAGGCAAACUCCACGAGCACGGGUUGCCUGGGAUACAUUGAGAUGAACUCAGCAUCCCACAAGAUGAGAGCGUUUGGGAACCGUCUUGGAGCACAUGUUCCAUUGGUCGCCCCCAUCAAAGGGUUGGGCAAAACGGCUUGGGGCAAAACAUUCAUCUCGCUUGCCACCAAAGUGGGCCUCAACUUGACAGCAUGGUGCCCACUUUGCCCUUUGCUGCCUGCACCAAAUUUGAUGGGUGACUGGACAGGGAGAGCCACGACUUCUGGAGAGAUCAACAAGUGGAUUGUGCAACUGCUGGUGAGGAGCGGCUUCGACACCAGUGGCUUCUCUCCACAUGGGUGCAAGGCGACAACACUCACAAUGCUUGCAAAGUAUGGUGCAGAUUUGGAAACGAGGUUGAUACUUGGUCAUCAUCAGACCAAACAGGGAACGUCGGAAGUCUAUGCACGUGAUGUGCAAUCAGCCCCGCUCAGGGUUUUGGAAACUAUGUUCCGAGACAUACGUCUUGGUCACUUCUGCCCAGAUGAGACGCGGUCUGGCAUGAUCCAGAAAUGUGACGGCACAGUCUCGCUUCAACCAACCCUCUUACCUUUGCCUGCAGUGGGAGAGGAUGUGCCUGAAGAGCCAUCCAUGAUGCCAGUCGUCACCAACGAAGUGAUUUUUGGGGACGUCGACAGUGAGGGUACAUCCAUGGGUCCCCCCACUGAGUCUCUCAAUGAAGACGCUGGCAAUGGUGCUCCAGAAGAGGAUGAUGAUUCUUCCUCGUCCUCCUCCACAUCGAGCUCUGAGGACAGCCUUGACGAGAUGGUCGAAGAGCUGGCACAACAGCCCAGAGAUGAUACAAUACAUGAGGCUGCAUCGUCAGACCGACGACAACCAUCCUUCUUCCAGCACCGAAGCUCCAAAGUUGUCCACAUGUUAUCACAAGGUUUUGGCAAGUCCUUUCUGUGUGGGAGGCAACUCAGCAAGGAAUACAGGGCGUGCUCUCUCCUUUUGGUCGUUGGAACAAUGAAGUGCCAGCAGUGUGUCAAGAGACACAAGGGGCGCAGCAGAGACAUCGAUGAUGCACAGCUCGACUCAGCAGUUAAGCGAGCACGAGUUGAGUAA